UGAGGCAAAUCAUCCGAUUAACGGCCGAAAAUAAAGGGGAAAAGGGGAAAAAUAUCAGUCACAAAAUUAUUCGUUGGCUUUCGCUGUAUUGUGGGCUGGAAGACGAAAGUGGUGCCAUAGCGAUAGCGCGAGAAUGAUUCUGAUUAGCCAAGCUCCUGGAGGAGCACUGUCUGCCAGAUGUUCCCUUUCGUCUCCGGGGAAAUUCGUCAAUGCAAAUCCAUCACUCUUCGGCAACCGUAAACCCCAAUUGCUCACCAGAAGAAGCCAUAUAAAGCCCUUGCAAAUUACUCUCGCCAAGGCCGAGGGAAGCGUGGAGUCAGGUUCAGCUUCUAAUUCGGCUCCCGCUAGCACCACCUCGUCUGCUCCUUCAGCCAAUGACGAAAUGGUUUUCGUGGGUGGAAAAGAUGUUCCUUUGGAAGGUGUGAUCCAGUUCGAGAAACCCAGUAAUCCUGCUCGUUUUCAAAAAUGGGGACGUGUGGCUCUUUUUGCUGGUGGAGAUGUGAUGGCCUUGAUUUUGUUUGCGGCUAUUGGAAGAUUAAGUCAUGGGUUAUCAACUUUCGACGUUGAGACACUAAAAACUGCUGACCCUUUCAUAGCCGGUUGGUUUUUGAGUGCUUACUUCCUCGGAGGUUACGGGGAGGAUGGGCGUGGAAUGAAUGGUCUGUCAAAGGGUGUCAUAGCUUCUGCCAAAUCUUGGGCUCUUGGGAUCCCUAUAGGAAUUGUGAUAAGGGCAGCAACGACAGGUCAUUUUCCAAAUUAUGGUUUCAUUUUAGUGAGUAUGGGAAGCACUGCUGUUUUGCUAACCACGUUUAGAGCAUUGUUAUAUGCUAUUUUUCCGGCUAAAAAUAGUAAGAGGAGAGAUGAUGUCUAUCGCCAUGGCAGCCCCUUUGAACUUUUUGAGUUGCUCACAUCAUUAGUACGGAGAUGGUAGCGUUGAACUGAAAAUUUAAUGCAUUUUUUGGUGUGUACAUAUGUUAGUAAGAGGCAAUAAGUCAUUGUAUUCUGUUCUCAUUAAUCUCUUUGGUCAACUAGAUUUUAAGAUUUCCUGUAUUUUGAGAAGGUCGUCAUGCCAUAUGACAACACAGCAGAAGGGGAAAAAAUGAAUUAACUACUGGUGUGUUGACUUUUGAGUUUUGAGUACAUUUACCCUACGAAAUAGGAUGGAAUAGAAAGAGGACCUGUUGGCAUUGGGGCUGCAUAGCCCUUAGAAAUUAUGGUGGAUCUUACAAUCUCCCCAUGGGCCCUGGUACGUUGGAUUAAAUUAAUCACUAAGCUGGAUGCAUGAUCCAAUGGUGAACAAAUCUGUUCAUUGAGCAAGAGAGCAGUGUCCUUGUUGUGCUAUUGAAUUCACCGGCAAGUGUUACUGAGAAAUAGUUUUAAGGUUUACCUACCAUAUUUGAAUGUCCUUUUCCAUUUAACUCUGUCCAAGGUCUGCUGCCUGUUUUGUGCAGCAGAGGAAGAGCUGUACAUGUGGAGAUGUUAGGGAAGUUUAACACAGAAAAUAAAAAUGAUGAGCCCUGGCCUGGAAUCCACCUUAUCAGAACUGUCUAACAAAUAAAUCAUGGUGUGCUCUAGCUAAUGACGUAAGGAAGAUUGCAUUAGGCCUCAUCAUUUGAGUACCCUGUAUUCUGGUCCAGUAGUGUUGAAUUUUGAAAUUACACUAGAACUAGAAGGCCUGUAAAAGUUUGAGUUCUCACCGUCAAAUUCAAGCUCGAAGCUGCCUUGCCAUCAACAUCAUGAAAUAUGAACUCACCGGAAUCAACAUGUCAACGUUUAGUGGAUGCUAGCUCCUGUAAAUAAGACAUGCAUUCGCUGUCCAUGCUCGAUCUUAUGUCACAAUUCAGUUUGCUUUUACAGGGAUCUCAAGGCGGUGGAUGGGUCUGAAAGGGGAAGUACUUGAGAAGCUGCGGCUAAUGCUUCUAUAUCUGAUGCUGGGCAACGCUAAUUCUUGGAGUUUUAUAUUGAAUUUGAUGACUUGAUAGGAAGUAUUCGCGAUGCUUUUAUUCAAUAUUCCACUACCUUAAUUUUGCUAUAAUUUGAUGAGAGAUUAAAUUUCCACUGUGCUGAGGAAGUGAGGCAGGAAGAAUUUUUUAUGGAAUUAGAAUAAAAUUGAAUUUUAAAAGUAUGUUUAGUAUGGAAAUGGAAUUUUGAUAUAAUUUUAGUAAAUAUGUAUACUUUAAAUAUGAGAGAUAAAAAUGCCCCUAUCGACAAAAAAUGGAAAAGCCCUCCUCCAUCCCUGCAAACUCAAAUUCAUCCAGAUUUAAAAUCCCUCGAUAGUAUGUUAAAGAAUGGAAAGAAAAAAAAUGAAAACAAUUUGGUCGAUGUAGAUUGAGCUCGGUUUGUGAUCUAGAACAAGAAUUUGGAGAUGCAUGCGAUCGUACGCGGUGCUGGAGCUAGAUCUUCGUUGCUUGUGCUGUUGCAGAUCCAACUAAGCAUUUGUAUAAGGCUUUCUUUCGCCAAGUCGCGUCUGAUUCAGGUGAGUUGUUUUUAUUAAACGACGUGGUCAAAAUCAAGGAUUGUCCGUCAGAAUAAACAAGAAAUCGAGACCCUGAGAGAAGAUUGGUUUGGAGGAUUUGGGGUUGUCAUCGUCGAACUUGACGAUCACCUAUCCACUGUAGGGGUUGUUGGCAGAGGUCGGGGAGGAAUCCAGAAGCUUCAACAAUGCUUGCUUAUAUCCUCAGUCUCCCUGCCAGCCAUUUUGUGCUUCACUGCCCCGUCACCAACAAUCAACAGGGAACAAAACCCCCCCGGGGGGGGGGGGGGGAGGAGAUACAAUAGAGGGUAGAGUGGUAUGGUGAAACUAAUUCCUAGGAAUUGGACCAAUUCCGUCUUCAUCAGGGUAAAAUCCAAUUCAAGAACAUUUUCCUGAAUCUGGGUUCCUAAAAAUUACAAUUCGAAUGUACCAAACUUGUCUCUCAGAGGAUUUUGUUUCUGUU